CUAGCGUUUAAAAUUUUCAGUGAGAACUUGGUGUCAAUGGUGAAUACAUUGGCGUUUGUAUGUCACAGAAUAAAUCAAAUAUCUUGAAAUGGACUCAUCUUUCACACUGAGCAACAGCCCUUCACCUGUAAAGAAAUCGGGAAACUCUCAGCGAGCAUUUGAACUAGCUGGGGAGCUAUAUAGCCAGAUCCAACAGUGGUAUCUCUUAAUCACUACAGGAAGAAAUAUAAUCAAUAACAUAUUGCAGCUGAAAACAAAAUUGUGGGAAAAUCCAGGUAAUGCUGCUGAUUUGUUGGAACUACAAUUCCAGUGUGAUCAACUUGGAUCAGUUGUUUCCGAACUGACUACUCUGCCUAAACAAAUGGAAAAAAUACAAGACCAGUACACAGCAUUGGAAAAAUUGGGUGAACUUCAGAAAAAAAUUGGAUCAAACAUCACACGUGAUUCCACACCAUUAAUGUUUCUUACUUGGCCAAACUCCAAAUUUGUUGUAGUUGUCACUGCCAUUAAAGAUGCUUUUGAUAAGGAGUUGCAAUUGAAAAAAUGCAUUGCUGAAAAUGUGGCACAUUGUCAGCAAAAACAAAUGCUUGAUUUACACAAAAUUGCCUGGGUCCAUCAAGUUUAUGUAACUUCUACUACUAAGCUCCAGUUAGAAGCCCUCUUGGUAGAAACUGGUCAACGUUGAAGACAUUUAUUGGCAAUUGAAGUUUAUUUCCCAGAUGAGAACUUCUGUUUAAAGAUCGGCAUGUUUUAUACGUUAAAUACCAUAGAACACCGAUUUUUAAACAUUGAUUUGAAAAAUGUCUUCAAAUGCAGAAAGUGCUAUUUAAUUUAAA